AUGUCUUUCUUCUUUCUUUCUUUCUUUUAUCUUUCUUUCUUUCAUUUUUGUUUCUUUCUUUCUGUUUCUCUUUUUUAUUAUCUCCAACAACGUCUUCCAUUUUCUUUCUUUCUUUCUUUAUUUCUUUCUGUCUUUCUUUCUUUCUGUCUUUCUUUCUAUCUAUCUUUCUUUCUUUCCUUCUUUUUUGUUUCUCUCUUUCUGUUUCUCUUUUUUAUUAUCUCCAACUUUUUUCUUCCAUUUUCUUUCUUUCUUUCUUUCUUUCUUUCUUUCUUUCUUUCAUUUUUGUUUCUUUCUUUCUGUUUCUCUUUUUUAUUAUCUCCAACAACGUCUUCCAUUUUCUUUCUUUCUGUCUUUCUUUCUAUCUAUCUAUCUAUCUAUCUUUCUUUCUUUCUUUCUUUUUUCUUUCUUUCUUUCUUUCAUUUUUGUUUCUUUCUUUCUGUUUCUCUUUUUUAUUAUCUCCAACAACGUCUUCCAUUUUCUUUCUUUCUUUCUUUCUUUCUUUCUUUCUUUCUUUCUGUCUAUCUAUCUUUCUUUCUUUCUUUCUUUUUUGUUUCUCUCUUUCUGUUUCUCUUUUUUAUUAUCUCCAACAACGUCUUCCAUUUUUUCUUUCUUUCUUUCUUUAUUUAUUUUUUUCUUUCUGUCUGUCUUUCUUUAUUUCUUUCUUUCUUUCAUUUUUGUUUCUUUCUUUCUGUUUCUCUUUUUAUUAUUCUCCAACUGCGUCUUCCAUUUUCUUUCUUUCUUUUUUCUUUCUUUCUUUCUUUCAUUUUUUUUUUGUUUGUUAAACAAACUUUUCUUUUUUAUUAUCUCCAACAACGUCUUCCAUUUUCUUUCUUUCUUUCUUUCUUUCUUUCUUUUUUUUUUUUGUCUUAUCUAUCUUUUUUUUUUUUUUUUUUUUUGUUUCUCUUAAAAAAAAAAAUUUUUUUUAUCUCCAACAACGUCUUCCAUUUUUUUUUCUUUCUUUCUUUAUUUAUUUUUUUUUUUCUUUCUGUCUUUCUUUCUUUAUUUUUUCUUUCUUUCAUUUUUGUUUCUUUCUUUGUGUUUCUCUUUUUAUUAUUCUCCAACUGCGUCUUCCAUUUUCUUUCUUUCUUUCUUUCUUUCUUUCUUUCUUUCUUUCUUUCUGUUUCUCUUUUUUAUUAUUCUCCAACAACGUCUUCCAUUUCUUUCUUUUCUUUCUUUCUUUCUUUCUUUCUUUCUUUCUUUCUUUCUAGCUAA